AUGGAUGAUACCGUCAAGUUUGGUGUGCGAAUGAAGCGAGUGGAACGCGUUACAAAUUAUCAUCAAUACAAGGUGGAGGUUUAUUGUCAGGUUCUUGAUUUAGUUAUUCAAGAGAUAGAAAAUCGUUUCCCAGAACAAAUACAGAAUAUUUGCAUGAAUUGCCUUAGUCCAAGAAACUCCUUUGCUAGCUUCAAUAUCGACAAGUUGGUCCGUCUCGCAGAACUUUAUCCGGAUGACUUCUCGUGCACUGAAUGUAUGGCUCUUUCCUAUCAACUUAAAACUUAUAUCAGUAAUAUAGUUGAUAAAGUCGAGUUCUCCAAUAUUGAAGAUUUGGGAAAUCUUGCAAAGAUUUUGGUCGCUACCACAAGAGAUAAGGCUUUUCCCUUGAAUGAGAGAUGGUUGGAUGAAUGA